UUUAACUAAGUUUAGUAUCUAACACAUAAUUAUAAAAUUCCUCUACUAGUCCUAGCUGAUACAGAAAGCCAUAAUAAUUGACAUAUUCCUGGCUAAGCACAUUCUACGCAAUUUCUCAUUGACCUAUAUUUUGUCUUCGUAAACACCACUUGGGGAAUAACAUAAUGUUAUUUAUUCUUGUCCACCAUAUACAAACGUUUUCUUUCCUUUUUUUCCUAAAAUAUAUUUUAUUUGUUUAUUUUAUUCGAAGGACCAGCAACUACACUUAUAUAAUUAAUUUCUAGCCACAAUUACAGCGAGAAAUCAAUCUCUGCUUCCAAAUUAUUACAAAUUAAAGCAAUUAGAAGGUCCCUCUCAAAAAUCCUAUAUAACCAGGUUUCUGCACAGAUUGAGAGAAAUAUUCAUAUAGAAUAUAUGGAAGAUAUUCGCUUGGCUGCUAAAGCUUACUACAACAAUUGCUCCGAGGAGGUUCGGAAGCUAGCGAGGACUUCCUUCCAGGCCAUAGACACAAACGGCGAUGGUCGAGUCAGCCCUGUAAAGUUACCCAUUUUCUUGGGGAGAACGGAAACAGUGACGGUAGCCAGGAUGCCGAUUUCUACAAGUGGGUGAAGGAUUCAGAAUUCUUCACCCAACUAGAUGCCGACGGUGAUGGUAGCCUUGACUUCUCGGAAUUCAUCACCUUCUUCUUUACUCACAACCCGCCAAGUAUGGUGCGGCAGUCGUAGAUCCAACCUGCUUGGAAUGUAUUUUACAUGUGUAGACUGCUACAGUGGAGGCGGGGAAACAACUUUUGAUGUAUGUAUUCGCUGCUAUAGUGAACAUAGGUUUUGCCACCACCAUAGCCGCUUCUUGGAUAGCUUUGUUUUGCUCCGCACCAUGGUUUCAAAUUCCGAUGGGGCGGACGCCAACCAAGCACCAGGUAAGCACAUGAAUGGACAGAAUGGACAGAAAGCGAAUGGACAGAACAAUAUUGAAUAUUCUACUCCUGCUCCCGGUGGACCCGGACAAGAUUUGGCAUCUUACAGGGCACAGCUGGGAGAAGCAGUUCAGAGGAUGAAUGAAAUAGCUAACCAUCUGGAGUCAGAGAGAGACACAACUAACGCAGCGGUAGACAGUGCAAGUGGUUUUGCAGAUCCUACCGGAGCUACCACGGUGGUGGACAGUACAAGUUGUUCUGCAGACCCUACCGGAAUUUCAGACACGGUGGAAUCAGUUGCAGAAACAGUGGAAUUAGUUGCAGAAGCAGUGGAUAUUGUAAGCCUAAUGGUGGAUGUUGCCAGCUCAGCCGCUAUGUGCCACAUCAUGUAGAACAGCUUCAUGAUCACAUUCAACUAGCAAGAAUUUUUUUUUUUCUUGAUAAUCAUAAUAAUAAUAAUAAUUUCUUAGUUUCUUUUUCAUUUGAUGAUUUACCAGUUUUGGAUUAGAAAAAUAAAAUUUAAUGAUAGUAAAUCAUAUAUUGAUCAGCAAUUUUACUAUUUUUUUUUUUAAAACUUUUGUUGUAAUAAUUUCUAUUUUUUUUAAAAGAGGUAUAUUUCAAAUUCACGAUAUCCG